GAGACUGAGAAUCUAACUUUAGGCUUCUCUAAUUAUGAUUCAUCAGAGACUUUAAUUAAUUAGGUUUCAAAUUUCUAAUAAAGAAGAAGAGUCAAAGUGAUUAAAUUAAAUGGUCACAGCUUUUAUUUAUUAAGCUCUGUUUCAUUUCUGCUGCGGGAGAGAGAAAGAGAGAGAGACAAUGCCGUUGGUGAGGUUCAAGAUACGGAACGAGCUAAGCUUAGGUGGGCCGGAGAUUCAACGUAGCGCCUCCGUGGAAGAUGAGGAACCUAAGGCGAUUCUCGGCGCUGUUGAAGUAGCUGGACUCAUCGGUAUUCUUCGUCAGUUAGGCGAUCUCGCUGAGUGGCAUUUCUUACAUGUAGAUUUUCUGCAGAAGUAUUUAACGGCUUACAAGAAGAAGUAACUGUAACGGCAUCUAGGUGUCAGAAGUUGACAAGCCGUGUUAGACGGAUAGAGUCAGCGCUCUCACCUCUUGAAAAGGCUGUUCUAUCGCAGACAAGCCACAUACAUUUUGCAUACACUGCAGGCUCUGAGUGGCAUCCUCGUAUAAGGAAUGGACAUAGUCAUUUUGUUCAGAGUGAUUUGCCUCUGUGUGUUAUGGAAAGUUAUGAGCAAUGCAGAGAUCCUCCUCCUUUGCAUCUGCUUGACCGAUUUGCUGUAGGUGGUCCUGGAUCGUGUCUGAGAAAAUACUCAGACCCAACAUUCUUUAGAAAGGAGUUAAGCAACCCCAGUAAAACAGAUGAUAUCAAAGUCCAGAGAGAUCAGGCUCACCGCAAAAGAAAGAAAAAGAGGUUACCACAAAGAAACAUUUGCAGAUCAAAUGCAGUGUCUACAUCUGAUGAAACUAAUGGCGCUCAUCUCAGUUCUUUUACUGAUGACAGACCAACAACUUCUCGGAGUACGUCCACAGUUGACAUGCCACGUAGCUCUAAUAUGCAAGAUUUAUCGGAUAUUGUAGACCAAUCUUAUCUGCAAGGGCAGUCAGGUGCGCAAGAACAAAGUGAAGCACAAGUACAAUCAGAUUUCCAAGAGUCAUCAAAAGCUCGUGAUUCUAUAACUGGUUCAGGUUAUAUAGAGUAUGUCAUUAAUCAAAGUCCUGUUGAUAAGCCUGAAGUGAAGCUAGUAGAGGGAUUCCUGUCUGGGUCCUUAUGUCCUGCUGAUAGAAUAGGUUCAACUGUUCCCGAAGGCUGCAUUGAAGUGGUAGAUGAUAAUAUCCUAUAUAGCCCCUCAGAAGACCUACUUGUGCCUUCUGCUUCUAAUGUUUGUGAUGAGAAGAAAGAAACACUUGAAUCGAUGGUGGAGAAAAGCCGCAAAGAUGAUGAACCAUCAGAGCUACAUGAGUCAAAAUUUGGCCCAGUAACACCAGACAGGGUAAGGCAAAAUCAAAGGGACUUUGAUAGGACAUAUAUUUUGUUUGAUGAGGUAGAUAUUGUGGGAGAAAAACAAAGUAAGAGCCAGGCCAACAAUAUUGAUGGAACACUAGGAAUUGAGAACGAAGGAGAAGAUAAGAGUGAACAAGAGAGUGAAGCAGAUGAGUUUGUUGAUGCUCGUAAUACAAUUGAAUCAGAAUCGGAGAGUGAUAUUGAUGGAGUACCAAAACCGAAAUUGGAGCAUUACUUUGGGGAUAUUAGUACUUAUUGUUCGGAAGAUGCUAACAGUGACAACAAUGAUGGAUCAGAAGAUAUAACAUAUGAAGAAAUGGCACAUGAUCCACGCCAUGAAAAUUCUGAAGAUGAAUCUUGUUCAGGUUCUUACCUUCCUGAAGACUCAAAUGUUUCCAGUUGCCUAUCAGAUCCAGUGUGUGAGGAAACUCUGUUUCAUGAUGAGAAUUCUCAAAAGCCAUGGGAAUUUUUUACCAUGUGCCCUUCGUUAUUGGCUGAAAAAGCCGUUCCGGAUGUAACAAUUUUGCGAGAAGAACCUGUCAUGGCACAUCCCUUGUUUGCAGGAGACUCUGCUAAUGAAAAGAUAUCAUCUGAAGAACGUAUUAUCUCAUGCCCGUCUCUGAAAGAUGCUAUUCCUGCUGAAAAGAUCUUGCCAGAAGAACAUUUGGUCAACUAUCCAUCUCUUGAAGCUAUUCCCCAUGAAAAGAUCUUGCCAGGAGAGUCUAUUGCCAAAUAUCCUUCUUUUGCAGAAAUCAUACCGCAAGAAAAGAUCUUGUCUGAAAAGUCUUUGGAAGAAGCUGUGCUUGACAAUAUGACCCCAGCAGGAGAACCUGAUGCUGCUCAUCCAUCAUUUCCCAAAGCUGUUCAAGACAAGAAAAUCUCACCAGAAGUUCUUGAUUCGAAAAUAUUUUCUGUGCCAAAAGCUGUUUCACAAGAGCCAAUCUCCCUUGAAGAAUUUGUUAGGAUACAUCCAUGUUUGGCUGAAGCUGUUCCUGAUGAAAGGUUCUUGAUAGAAGAACCUCCCAGCACAUGUUUGUCUUUGACAAAAGCCAUGCCUACUGAAAUAUUAUUGCCAGAAAAAACUUUGGAAUCGUCUCAUUAUUUGGAAGAAUUGCCUGAAGAAGAUAUCUUGCAAGAAAAAUCUGUUGAUUCUACACAUCCAUCUUGUGCCAAAGCUGCUGCAGAAACAAAUCUAUCACCAGAAGUUCUUGAUUCCACAAAAUUGUCUGUGGCAGAAGCUGUUCCGCAAGAACAAGUCUCACUUGAAGAAUUUGUUGGCAUCAAUCCGUGUUUGGUAGAAGCGGUUCCUGAUGAAAGGCUCUUGCCAGAAGAACCUGACACCACAUAUCUGUCUUUGACAAAAGCCGUGGCUAUUGAAAAGGUCUUGUCAGAAGAGCUUUUGGAAACAUAUCCUUCUUUGGCAGAAUUGCCUGAAGAAGAGUUUUUGCAGGAAGAAACUGAUGAUGCCACACAUACAUCUGAAGCUGUUAGUGAUGAAGAAAUCUCCCAAGAAGUUUCUGAUUCCACAAAUUUGUCUCUUGAAGAAGCUCUUCCACUAGAGCACAUCUCACAUGAAGAAUUUGUUGGCAUAGAUCAGUGUUUGGUAGAAGUGGCUCCUGAGGAAAGGUUCUUGCCAGAAGAACCUGUCAUCACAUGUCUCUCUUUGACAAUGGAAGGAGUCUUGUCAGAAAAGUCUCCCGAAACGUAUCCUUCUUUGUCAGAAUUGCCUGAAGAAAAGAUUUUGGAUGAAGAAGCUGAUGAUGCCAUGCACCCAUGUCUUUCUGAAGCUGUUAGUGAUGAACAAAGCUCACCUAACGUUCUUGGUUCCACAAAUUCGCCUGUGGCAGAAGCUGUUCCACAAGCGCAAAUCUCAGUUGAAGAAUUUGUUGGCAUAGAUCCAUGUUUGGUAGAAGCUGUUCCUGAUAUGAGGGAUUUGCCAGAAGAACAUAUCACCUCAUGUAUCUAUUUAACAAAUGUGGUGCCUAUCGAAGAAGUCUUGCCAGAAGAACCUUUUGAAGCGUGUGCAUCUUUGGGAAAAUUGCCUAAAGAUAAGAUCUCACAAGAAGAAUCUGAUGAGGCUACACAUACGUUGUCUUGUGCCAAAGCUGAAAGUGAUGAACAUGUCUCACUGGAAGUUCUUAAUUCCACAAAUUUGUCUGCGGCAGAAGCUAUUCCAAAUGAGCAAGUCACACUUGACGAAUUUGUUGGCAUAGAUCCGUGUUUGGGAGAAGUUGUUCUUGAUGAAGAGGUUUUGCCAGAACAACUUGACACCACAUGUCGGUCUUUGACGAAAGCUGCGCCCAUCAUGACAAUCUUUCCAGAAGAACCUCCGGAAGUGUAUCCUUCUUUGGAAGAAUUGCCAGAAGAAAAGAUCGCACAAGAAGAAGAAGUUGAUGAUGCUACUCAUCCAUAUUUUUCUGAAGCUGUUUGUGAUGAGAAGAUCCCGCCACUGGAAGAUCCUGGUUCCACACAUCCAUCUUUGGAAGAAUCCGUUCCGUAUGAGGAAGCCUCGCAUGAAGAACUUGUUGGCACAAAUCCAUUUUUGGAAUCAGCUUUUCCCAACGAAAUCGGUUUUCCAGACGAACCUGGCGUCACAUAUCGGUCUUCGGCAGAAGCUGUUUCUAAGGAAAAGAACUUGCCAGAAGAAUCCUUACCUACAUAUCCGUCUUGGGCAGAAGUUGUACCUGAUGAAAAGAUCUCUCGAGAAGAACUUGAUUCCACAUAUCCAUCUUCUGCAGAAGCUGUUUUUGAUGAAAAUAUCUCAGGCUCAGAAGCUCCUGGUUCCACAACAGAAACUGGUCGACAAAACAAAACCUUCCCUGAAAAAACUUUUGCCACGGAAAAUUCCUUGAACGAAGCAGUUUUUGAUGAAAAGAUCCCAGGCUCAGAAGCUUCUACUUCCACAACAGAAACUGGUCCACACAACAAAACCUUCCCUGAAGAACCUUUUGCCAUGGAAAAUUUCUUGAACGAAGCAGUUUUUGAUGAAAAGAUCCCAGGCUCAGAAGCUCCUGUUUCCACAACAGAAACUGGUCUACACAAUGAAACCUUCACUGAAGAACCUGUUGCCACAGAUAUUUCCUUGAACGAAGCAGUUUUUGGUGAAAUUAUCCCAGGCUCAGAAGCUCCUGGUUCCGCAACAGAAACUGGUCUACACAACAAAACCUUCCCUGAAAAACCUUUUGCCACGGAUCUUUCUUUAAAAGAAGCAGUUUUUGAUGAAAAGAUCCCAGGCUCAGAAGCUUCUAGUUCCACAACAGAAACUAGUCCACACAACAAAACCUUCCCUAGAGAAACUAUUACCACAGAUCUGUCCUCGACCGAAGCUGUUUUUGAUGAAAAGAUCACAGGCUCAGGAGUUCCUAGUUUCACAACAGAAACUGGUUCACACAACAAAUGCUUCCCUGAAGAACCUGUUCCCAAGGAAAAUAUUCUGCCAAAAGAACCUGCUGCUGCAUAUCUGGCUUUGGCUGAAGGUAUUCCUGACCAAAAAGUAUUCUUGGAUGAUGCCGCACUUUUGUUAUUUGCAGAAGCUAUUUUCGAUCAAAAGUUUUCACCAGAAGUUCCGGAUUCCACGUAUCCUUCUUUGAAAGAACCAGAAAUGCAUGUUGCCGCACCAUGUGUAGUAACAGAUCUUCCUGCUAAAAACAUCAAGGUAAAAGAAGGUGAAGUACAUAAUGAGCCCUACACAGCAUCUGAUGUUUCUAUGAAUCAGAAGAGUGGUUUAUUGGAACCAGAAUCUACUGAAAGAACAUUUCCCUCGAGCGGUGGUACUGUUACGAUUUCUCCAGAUACUCAGAAUUCUCUUCCAAAUGGUACAAGUGUUGAAUCAAUAAGUAUAUGGAGCAAUGGAGGACUCCUUGGACUCGCGCCAUUGAAACCUCCAGUAUUUGCUGAGCCUAAUUCUGGAAGCCAACAUAUAAAGCACGAGAUCAACGAAGCUAGUGUUCUUUCGACAAGGAAGCAGGAAUCAUCGAGCCGAUCAGUUGAAAAUGCUGAGAAGAGCUCACUUCCAUUAAUUGUUUCAGAUCCCACGUCUCAACAACAAAGCAACAUGUCGAGUCUCUCUCCCAUGCAGAGCACUGGAACAUCGUUCAGAGUUUUUGGCUUAAGUCAUAGAUUACUCAUGGCUGGGUUUCGGGGAAACUCUUCUUCAACUUGCAAAUUUGAAUCUGUACCUAGUAGUAGCUAUGAUACCAGAGUAGCUGCUAUCGAAGACAGGACUCAGCAAAGUCCUGGUGGUUCAAGCUUUGAGGAGCAAUUGGAUUAUGAAUCAUCUCUCUUUGGCUCACCUACUUCAUCCCCACCGGUUGAACAUAUGAAAAUAUCAUUCAACCCAAUAGAAGCCUCUCCAGUUCCUAAAUUGAAACUGAGAAUCCCAUGCCAACCUCGGUACAAUGGUGAAAAUGCGGAUAUGUUCCCUUCGUUUCAGUUGGUUCCAGAGGCUAGCAACUCUGAUGACGGCGAUGACAACAGUGACACCUUUUGUCAGUCAUCUCCUUGUGUUUCCGACUAUUGUUUGUCAGAUUCUGAGCUGUGGGAAUCUGAUGAAAGCCCUAGAAUAUCUGUAUCAAGCUUGAAGCAAGUUGAAGAGAGAAGUAGACAUGGUGAUAUGGGUUCUUUUUCUGGUUCGUUUCUUGAUCUCCCAUGUUACGACGCCGUAGAUCAUCAAUCCACAUUUUCAAGACUAGAGCAAGAACAAGUUCCGGAAUACAAACCAUCUGUCUCAGAGAUCAUCCGUGCUUGGCCACCAAACCAACCAAAAAGCAGUCCCUGUAAUGAAGCAAACGUAGACGCAAACACGGUGUCGAAGAAAACGCAAGAUCAAUCUCUUGGGCUUGUAGCUACAGAUGACGAGGGUGGUGAUAGUGUUUGUCUUGAUGAACAUAAAACCAAAGGGAUCUAAUUGAUUCUUUGUUGUACAUUCCUCUCUGUCAUUUCAGUUUUCAUGUUAACACAAGCACUAUUUAUAAAUCAGAAAUUCAAAUGUGAUGCAUGAAAAAAAGAAAAUAAUUUAUUUUAUUUACUGCAUUUUUUUUGUGUUUUAUCAAAUUACAUUUUUGUUUUGUUAUAUAGAAACAAACAAUAGAUUACACUUAAAUGACGAUCUUGAAAUCAUUAAAUUUAGAAGGUGACAUCAGGAACGAUCCCGAGCUCCUUGAAAGCAGCGGGACAUUCAGCUGACGGAGUUUGAACCAUGAAACCGAGAGGGUUA